AAAGCAGACGUUUCCUUUUACUAAAAAUAUUUUAGAAGUAUUAAGAGCAAUUUUACAUAUUUCAAUUUGUUAUUCGUAAAAAGUGGUUUUUUAUUGGAAUUAUCCAAGAUUGUAUACAUUUCGCAUUAUGUUAUUACUCAAUUUCGCGCUUGUUCUAUUCUUUUCAUUGUACGCUUGGGCAAUUGAUAAUACUCUGGUACCUGAAGCAAAAGGUGAAGAUGUGGUGUGCGAAGUGAUAAAAAAAAUUGAGAAAUCCUCAAUAUUUGGUGGUGACGAGAAAAUGUUGAGAAGAAUCGCUUAUGUGGAAUCAAAGUUUGGUACGGAUCAAGAUACAUAUCGACCAGGCUAUAAUGGUGGUAUUUGGCAAAUUGAUAGAAUCGGAUUUGAUGAUGCCAUGAUUACUGGUAGUCAUCCAAAACUCGAUCAACUUUGGAAAGAAAUUGAAAAAUUGUUGGCCAAAGAAAAAAAGGAUAUCAAAUGGGAAAACCUUCGAAUACCAUUAUUUUCUGGAGUUUUUGCCCGAAUCAGACUAUAUUUAGUUGCUGAAGCGCUACCCGCAUCCAAUGAGCUAGGAGCACAGGCAAAAUAUUGGAAAUACUACUACAAUGGGGCUGGAGAAAAUGGAGGCAAGGGAACAGAGGAAGAAUUCGUGAAGCGAGUCAAUGCAAUGAAUAAAAAAUUUGGCACUGAUUGUAACAUGUGCAAAGGUAGAAUGAACUUGGCAAUCGUUAUGGAUGGUUCAGGUAGUAUUGGUGCUAACGACUACAAGUAUGCAAAACAAGCUGCUGACAAUUUGAUUGAUACAUUUUCAAAUGACUUGGCAGACGUCGGUUAUGUAUUGUUCAGUACUUCAGUAGAAGUUAUUUUUCCGUUGAAAAGCAAUUUAACCCGAGAUCAAAUGAAACAGAAAAUUGAUGAUUCAUAUUAUCCCGAUGGUGGUACGAAAACUAAUCUUGGCAUUGAAGAAGGCUGCACAAUACUUCAAAUGGCUGUAAAUGAUACUGGAAUCCCUAAAAUCAUGGUAAUUUUCACAGAUGGCCAACCCGAUGAUGCGCAUCUUGCCACAUCGGCAGCUGAACACGCAAAACAAUCCAAUAUCACCAUAUUCGCUAUUGGUAUUGGUAGUAAUAUCGUUGAAGAUAAUUUAAAUACUCUCGCCAGUCAAGAUUCAUUUGUCAUACCAAGCUAUGAGCGUCUUACACAUGUUUACGAUAAGAUUAACAGCGUGAUAUGUAGUGUGCCACAGACACCGGGUAUUGGUAACAAGGUGGAAAAUGAUAAGCUCGGUAAAAAUGAGAAAAGAUAUUUUAAGUAUGAGGUACCAGGCACGGGCGUUACAAUAAUAAUUGAUAAAAUCAAGGGCAACUUUAAAGGCUACUAUUCUUACACCAUUGAAACUCCAUCUUCGGCAAUUAACGAUGGCGAGUUCAACAUGGAGGUCUUCAUAACUCCAUUGAAGUCCAAUAAUCAAAGAGCCAAGCGAGACGUUGAAAGCGCCGGCGUAGUGCAUGUAGCUAUACAAGGUCAGGACGAUGACAAUGUAUACAGUUUGGAAACAAGCGAAGGAAAUCACACAAGUGGAGGAGACCAAGUGAAAAUUAGCAUGUUCUGCAUCAUAACGAACUUUAUCCUAUUUGUCAAUUUCUUUUCUUCAUGAAACCAAUUCGUCAUUGAAAAAAAUCUGUGCAACAGAAAAUACUUCCACAGGAAAUAAUUCCAAAAUGUACAGGAACUACUUACCUAGAAACUUUACAAAAAAAGAUAGUUUAUUAAUUGUUUUUUAUCCAAUAUUUGAUGCAUGAAAAUGUAUAAUUAGCUAAUAAAAAUUCCGGUGAUGUUAGUCAUUUUCUAGGAAAGCAUGUCACUCA